GAACUUCAACCUAUCUCCUCAGCAUCAAAGAACUAAUCACUUCUCAAUCAUAUCAUCACCAUCACCAUCAUCAUCAUCAUCAUAUAUUUCUCUCUAUCUCCUAAUCUCAUUCUAUACUUCAAGUCUUAAUCACUCUAAUCUUCAUAACCUUCUGCUUGUAUGAUUAGACCUCACUUUCAAUCAGAAAUCGCCAACGACUCACUGGGUCCUUCUACUUCAAAACCCCCUCGAUUGCCCAUUUCACAUCGGCGAAAGUCUUCAUCACAGCGUCCUGUUCCAUUGGACCUUCAAAAGGGAACGGUUCUUAAAGAAAACGAUGAACGAGCAGCUCACUCUCUACAAUCGAACCAUUCAAAGUCUUCUACUACUAAUACAGCUCAAGAGUCUCGCGUUCGGAAACUUACAUCUGCUACUCUGAGAAUCCCUGUUCAACCUGGACACUGUGUGGUCAUCGGACGAAAACCUAAUAUCUUCAAUGUUCCUAGCGAGGUGGAUGUUAAGGUCACACCUGUUACUGCCAUCAAACUUCCCGGAACUUUUACCCAUGCCUCUCGCACACAUGUCUGGUGUACACUUAUUGAACCACCUCUGGGUGGCCUAAACCUGAGAAUUGUAGUAAUGGGUCAAAAUGGUUUAAAGGUAGACGAUGAAAGGUUUCCUCAAGGUGCGAGUCGUGGGGUUGAAUUACCAAAUGAAGAAGGAGAACAAGUCGAAUUGGGUUUUUGGGGUGGUAAAAGAGUUGAAUGUUAUGUGAAAUUAGGGGAAAAACCAGUUCUACUCACUCGUCCAAGAACUUCUACUAUUGCUCGUUUUGGUCUCAUUGCAUCUGAAAAAUUUGAUGAACCUCGGAUUGGAAAACGAAAGAGUCGAAAUAGCUGUCCUAUCGGUAUCAAUACUGGACUUCAGUUUCCUGUGUCUCAUUCACGUACGCCUUCUGGUAGUAAUCUACUACCGCGCAGUGCAACCUCUGAACUCGAACCUUCAUCACGUAAUAAACCUACCUCUUUCAAGUGAGCAGGUCUUUUUUGCAAGCUCCGAUUCCUCUCGCUCUGAACCUUCCAUUUCUCGCCUAUACGAAUCCAUGCAUGAAUAAGGUUAGAUCACGGCUUUAAAUCAUCAAGUGCAGUCACAAUACCCUUCAUCAACAUUUCCAAUCACAUCUUUCUUGAUAUCUAAAUUUUACUUUUGUAUUUCUUUCAACAUUACCCAAACGCAAUUUUUAAUCACCCAAUAUGUAAUAUUUAUUAAAAUCUGUAUGAGCAUUAUCUAGUUGGUCUUUCUUUCCUACUAAUCCCAAAUUUUCAAUAUCUUGCUCAUGGUUUAUCUAAUCCUAAGUGAGGAUUUAAUAACAAUUGAAGUUGGAGAAUCAGAAUGGUUCAAGAAAUGAGAUGAACAUCCUGAGAUGUUAUGACAUUCAUUUGAGUAUC